AACCCUCAAGGUUUGAUCAACAUACCGCCGGCAGUCUAUCUGUUUCCCGUACACUCGCACAACGCCCACAACUGCAUAUAUGGCUGGAUCGUAAUUAUGGAAGACAGGCCAUCACCGGGAAGGGCGUUACUAACCUUAUACCUCUGCUGUCAACUCCCUUAUCCUCAUCGACGAUGCAUCCUCUGUCUGACGCGGCCAAGGUUAUCACUGACUCAGGGUCAGUAAUUGUCGCGGUAGUGGCCAAGAUUGAUGCACUUGAGCAGUCGAACGAUGCCGCCUUACGAUCAUGGGCCAAAGAUUUUGCCGUUGCCGUUGCGCGUUAUCGAGGUGUCAAUCGCAUAUUGUCCAAAUGGCGCGAUAAGCCAUCAUUUCUCGAGCCAGCCGAAGUCAAGGACGCCCUUGUUGCAGCCGACGAUUUUUUGCUCAAGCAUACUCAUUGGACUUGGGAUGAGGCCUGGCUCGAUUCCCGAUGGAAACGUGCAGCACUAGAGCGUAAGAAGAUAUGGGAGGCUGAGGAAGAGCGUCUUCGGAAACUCAGGGAAGAGGAAGAGAUCAGCACGAUUCUCGCAGAAGCUCAGGCAUUCCUCAAGACCGAGGUCGUCGUCUUCGACUAUCCGACUGAAGAAGAGUGGGAAGCUCUUCGUAAUCAGCCCCCUCUACAGGAGGACCCUGCCCCCAUCAGCUUCUUCAAUCCUACCUUGGAUAUGCCCUCCGAAUCACCAGAUAGUUCAUUCGGAAACUCGCCGUUGUCAUUCUCUGACAUGAGCAUGAGUAGUCCUAGUUCUCCCCCUUCAACAGCUCCUACCCCAUUACAGAGUCCAAAGAUUCCUGUGGGAAACAUUGACCGUAUUUGGGAUGAUCCAGUGCUACCAGCCCCUCAGAUCGGCCCUUCGUCAAAUCGAGCUGAUCCCGGCACUCAACUCAGUAGGGAACUUCACGGAGAACCCACUGCCAGGAAAAUUGCCCCCGUCUCUAGCGGCUCUGGGACUACUGGAAAGCAUGUGGGUCCUGCGAAAUCCAUGGAUUCUGCAAGUGCUUCUGAAGGACAUGUUUCCACGAGUUAUGAUUCCACCUCUGGUCAAGCUUCCAUUAACGCCGAUGUGGUCAUCCGUCCUCGCACAACCCGCGCCACGCUGCCCACUACCAAAGGCGCCAAAACUAGACUUAAUUCAACGGCGAACAAUUCUCCGAAUAGCAAGAUCAAUACCCAGCCCCCCAAAACCAAUGUUAUCGCGUCUACCUCCCCGAAGCGACCACAGUUUUCUCAGCUGACGGUGACCACAUCCUCACAAUUUGAUGGUGUCCGAGUACCGUCUCCGAUGUCACCUGCGUGGCGCAACAAAAGAGCCCGUGAUGAUGAUGAUGAUGCUGAUGAGGAUGAAGACGAGUUCGUGAGACGUAAUGGUGGAACUCUGAUUGGAACCGGCCAAAUCAACUCGCCUUCAUGUUCGUCCUGCUCCAAAGUCAACUCGAAAUGUUUUCGUUUAAACAACAAGUCCUGCUGUGCUCGUUGCUACCAGGAGCACCAGAAGUGCCCAUUGGACAAGCCAAAGACGAAGAAACAGAAGGCGGGAAAUAUAGUGGGGUGAGAUGCCUAGGGGUUAGCUAGGCAGUUCCGAGGCGUUCAUCGAUCUACAAAGGUUCACGGUUUAUUCUGAGGGAUCUGAUACCCAUCGUACAUAGCGGAACAGUAACGGGACCGCAACGUGACAAAUUCUGUAUAAUUUCUACUUCCACUGGCUUUCCUUCGGUUGAUAUAAUCUGUUUAAUUUUCGAAGAUGUGUAUGCUGUUAGUGUCAUUGCUGUACCAGUAACUUGUGCUUGAAUUUAUACCAUGUACAGUAGCGUUUAUCUCACUUUUCUUUCGGGUUCCACGAAUGCCCACGAUCGAUUCCAG